AUGGCGGAUUUACGAGAGAUUAGCCAGUCUGGUUCUCAUCCCGACUGCCCAAAGGACUCUUUGAAACUCCCGGCUUUGUGGACCAAGGGGCCUCUGAAUUCGCCCGACUACGACUACGAGGCAUACAUGCAAGACGAUGAAACAGUUUACAAGCUCAUGAAUCAGCUCCAGACUGCUGGGAUAGCUUUCGUAACUAAUGCUCCCGGCAUCGAAGAGUCCGUGUCCACCAUAGCUAGACGUAUUGGGCCUUGCAAAGAUACUUUCUACGGCUACACGUGGGACGUCCGUACAGUUCCGGCGGCAAGCAACGCGGCAUACACGUCGCAAGAUCUCGGUUUCCAUACCGACUUACUCUAUUUCCAGCAGCCUCCUCAUGUACAACUUCUACAUUGCAUCCAGUCGGCAUCCUCAGGCGGGGCGAGUGUAUUUGCAGAUGCAUACCUUGCAGCAGUAGACUUGUUCCGCUCGGAUAUGUCGGCGUUUGAUAUAUUGGCGACUGUGCCCGUCAACUACCACUACAACCAUGCUGACUCUAAUGUAUAUCGAACGACCAAGACUGUCAUUGAUCUGCGACCCCUUCGUAUCGGUGACGCGACGUACAAUCGUGUCGAAGAUUACGUUAAGGCUUACUCCAAGGCCUGCGGCAAGGAACUGGGAUCUGAAGACGUGGCGGCUUUGCUGGUUCGCUGCAUGGAUAAGAUCAACUGGGGGCCACCAUUCUUUGCUCCCUUUUCGAAUGAGCGUUCCAGCCCACAAUUGGAACCGUCAUGGGCAAAUGAUGAUGGUUCGCCUCUGUCGGAGUUGAACGACAAGGUCGAGCGGUGGCACCACGCCGCUCAGAAGUUCAAUGCCUUGCUACAGCGCCCCGAGUACCUUCUCGAGCGCAAGAUGAAACCAGGGGAUUGUGUCUUGUUUGACAAUACAAGGACACUGCACUCUAGACGAGCGUUUGACAAGGCAGACGUGGGAAAGCCGAGGUGGUUGAGAGGCACCUAUGUCGAUAAAGACCCUUAUUUUAGCAAGCUUCGCGUCUUGCAAAAUAAGUUUGCAUGA